GGCUUUGAGGACGUGGCUUGGAGCUGCGUCUGGAACAGCUCUGCUUUCUCCCCCUUUUCCGCUUCCAACUUUCUGCGGCGAGUCGAUCGGACUUUUUAAAACCCGUUCUUAUUCCUUCGGGAGCCAUCGUGGGACCCCAUGGCGUAUCCCCCUGGCUAUGGGGGGCCAGGCUCCAAGCACAGGGCCAGAGGCCCAAUGGUCCCACAGAACGCCAAUGCCCCACAGCUCUUUGAUGACACCAGCUCGGCCUACGGACCGCAGAAAGCGGGUUACCCUGUCCCGGGGAUCGACAUGGGCUUCAACCAGAUUUUUGCCGAUCCGGUGGCCAACGUCGCCAUGGCCUACGGCUCCAGCAUUGCGUCUCAGAGCAAAGAGAUUGUGCACAAGGAGAUUGACAGGUUCAUGUCGCUCAACAAGCUGAAGUAUUUCUUCGCGGUGGACACGACCUACGUCAUGAAGAAGCUGGCGCUGCUGGUGUUUCCUUACGUACAUCAGAAUUGGGAAGUCCGCUACCACAGAGACACGCCCCUCCCGCCCCGACAGGACAUCAACGCCCCUGACCUCUAUAUCCCAAGUAUGGCCUUUAUCACCUAUAUCCUGCUGGCCGGAAUGGCUCUUGGCCUGCAAAAAAGGUUCUCCCCAGAGGUCCUGGGUAUGUGCGCCAGCACCGCCUUCGUGUGGGUGGUCAUCGAAGUCCUGGCCCUCCUGCUGGGCUUGUACCUCGCCACCGUUCAGAGCGACCUCGGCACAUUCGACUUGGUCGCUUACUGCGGCUAUAAAUACGUGGGAAUGAUCCUUGCUGUGGUCGGCGGCCUGGCCUUCGGGAGCAACGGCUAUUACAUCGCCUUGGCCUGGGCCUCCUGUGCUCUUAUGUAUUUCAUGGUCCGCUCCUUACGGAUGAAGAUCCUCCCGUCGGUGGUGCAGGAGGGGCUCAGCCGGCCCAGUGGGCGGGCCCAGAUGUACAUCACCCUGGCGGCCGCGGCCUUCCAGCCUCUCAUCCUCUACUGGCUGACGGUGCAGUUGGUGCAUUGAGCGGGGCGGGGGAGAGGCAACGGAGAGCGGGGAGAGGCUCUGUCCACGGCGGUCCCGACUCUCAGGGAGGAUCCUGUUUGCGGAGAGCCUCUCGCUGUCCUCCCAGUUUCCGAAAACAACACGAAGAUUGAUGCUCCGCCCCCCCGCCCCCCUCGGAAGUCCUGGGGUCAGCAUAUAAGGGCAGAACCGGGGGUUUAUGGGGGUGCCUGUGUUCCGCUCCCCCCGGGGACGAUACUGAACCAAGAGAGGUCUGUGUCCACUCAGCACUCCACUGCCACCCUGCCUAGUCCGAGAGCGGAGGAGGGAAAACGACGGUCAAGAAUCCAGCUUUCCGGCUGCGCUGCAGGUGUGUGGGGGGGUGGCUGGGUAGCAGCCCAUUCUGUUCGGGCCGUUUUGCGUUUUCCCUUUCCGGGGCUCGAACGGGGAAGACGGGAGAACAGCCCGCGCUCGAUCUCACACACAUAGCAGGCUUCUAUGCAAACUGCUUGAGAGUGAAGUUGCCGGUGUCCUGUGUUUUUGCCUUCUGGAGCAAAGUGCCCUUUCUCGUCCCCCCUCGGAGUCACCGGUUCCUCCGCUCGGUCAUCUCUGUUUCUGCCCCGGCGAGAGGCAGUGUUGGCCAGCGUCCACAGAGCACCGAUUGUUCUUCGGCGUUUUGCCUGGCGGCUGUUCGCCCCCGGACUGUACUUCCAGAGCCGUGACCUUUCGUGCUCUCCCCC